ACAUCCUACAGUUCACGCAUUCGAAGACACCAUAGCAUCAUGAUUGCUCGUCGGCAUUCUCGCGCAUGUGAGCGCGUAGCUCUGCUGGGAUGUUGCGCCAUAUCUGGCGAGCGUCGGCCUUUCGAUCGCCAAGUGUUUCUUGCUGUUGUGCGCGCUCUUCGUCUCCGAUGUCGUCCUCUCCAUCCACACCACUCCUCGCUACUUUCGUCGUCUUCAUCCUCAUCCUCGUCCUCGUCCUCGUCCCGGGCACCUUCAGCAUCCCCUGCACGGGUCUUCAUAUGCGCGGCCACCUUCCUUGCGCAUAUCGCUUUCCGCAUCUUGGGUCCUGGGACCAGCGCGGUCAGGACACGGGACUCGGUUGUUGUCGGGCUCCGUGCGCGAGAGUCUCAGCUCCUUUGCCUGUACGGUACCAUCUUCAUCAUCACCAUUCGCGCCGUCGUAGUCUUCUCGAACACGCUUCCGAGCUUGAUGCGCUGCAAGCCGUGCUUGAAACUCGGCAUUCUUGCGCCGGACGCGGAGCAGCUCUUAGUAAUCCUGUCGUUGCACCCCGCCCUCGAGCCUCACUCUCCCGCCGUUGCACCGCCCGCCCUCGGGCUUCACUCUCUCGCUGGCUCCCUGGGAGGCGAAUCAUUGAAAUGCAGCGUCGGCGAUUGUCGCGGAACCGGUCGCCCAGAGCUAGUACCAGGCCUGCGAGGCGAGAACGAACAAGAGUUGCCGCGGCGAGAAAAAGCACGAGCUUGCAGUGGUGCCAUUUGCGCAGCCCGAGGCUCUUGUGAGUUGCCAGUGGGCUGAAACUUGCCGGCAUCUUGUUUCUUUUCCCCCCUUGCCAUUCGUCUUCGCUGCUGUUGCCUUGGGUAGCUUCGUCGCCUCGGUCGGCUUCUUGCGCGUGCGGCUGGUCAUUCUAGUACAGAGGUCUCAGUCCCAAGAGGUCCCGGUUGGAUCAGUAAGCUGCCGAGUCCCAAGACGGCUCAAGAGUGUGUCAGAAUCAGAGGCUGCGAGUCCGUCGGAGUCGACGUACGCGCAGAGUU